UGCGCGCUCAUCCUCUGCGCAUGCGCACCUGUCUCUUCCCUCCCCGCUGGAUCAAAGUGCUGCUUGUCCGCGCCGCCGAAACGCCGAAAAUGGCAAAACUGGUGGGACCUCUCCGUAAAGAGCUCGCGAAUUAUUCGUAUUUACAGAUGGAUCAAAGCAGCCGGAAACAGGAAGUAGUGGUGGAGCAUUUUUUAUUCCUCGAUUGACCUGGACACCAUUGAUGUCAGCAACCUCAACAGACAAUUCCUGUUUCAGAAGAAACAUGUUGGAAAGUCUAAAGCUCCGGUAAACUGUAUCACUGACUUCUACGUGUGUGAUUUAAAAAAUCUGCAUCAGACAAUGAUUCCCUCAGAACCCAUUCACUGCAUCGUGUGGGCCAGAUAUCUCUUUAAUCAGCUUUUUGGCGAGGAGGAUGCGGAUCAGGAAGUGUCACCUGACACAGCUGACCCUGAGGCUGCUUGUCUCACAUGCAGGAUCUGAAGGAUGUGACCAAUAAUGUUCACUAUGAAAACUACCGGAGUAAGAAACUAGCAGCUGUCACCUGCAACGGGGUCGACGCCACCAAGAACAAGGGCCAGCUCACAAAGAGUCCCCUGGCCCAGAUGGAGGAGGAGAGGAGGGAGCAUGUGAUGAAGAUGAAGAAGAUGGAGACAGAGAUGGAGCAGGUCUUUGAGAUGAAGGUCAAAGAAAAGAAGCAAAAACUGAAGGACUCUGAAGCAAAGUUGGAGCGGCGUCACGAACAGAUGAAGAAGAAUCUAGAAGCUCAGUAUAAAGAGCUUGAGGAGAAGAGGCGCCAGUUUGAGGAGGAAAAAGCCAACUGGGAGACCCAGCAACGCAUCCUGGAGCAGCAGAAACUUGAUGCAUCAAAGGACUUUAACGUCAACGCUCCACACUCCAUCCCAUUAGGUGGCAGUAAACGCACCUAAAGCUGGUUUGCGUCAAAGAAGAAGAAGUGGUUUGACUGGGACAGUACCCUGUUUUUAUACAGUCUAUGGAAAGGACCAGAGCGCAUUGGUUUUAUUCACAGAUGGAUCUAAGGAUCCUGAUACUGGAUAUGCUGGGGCAGCAGUAUAUAUUCCAAGGUGUGAAUUUUAUAUCAAGAAAAGAGUAACCAACCAUUUAUCAGUAUAUGCUACAGAGCUAUUGGCAAUAUUAUUGGCCCUACAGUGGAUAGAAGAGAAGGAGGUAAAUAAUUGCAUCUGAUAGUUUUUCAGCACUUGAAAGUAUAAAAUCUGGCAGGUCAUCAGUUAGGAUGGCUAUUAUUAACGAAAUAUUCUGCAGGAUGUAUGAAAUGAAAGUUAAAGGUAUGUCUACACAAUUUAUUUGGGUUCCUGCUCAUGUUGGAGUAGAGGGAAAUGAGAAGGUGGAUAUUCUGGCCAAACAAACUCUAAGAAUAAAGCAAGUAGAUCUACAUAUUCCAUUAAGUAAAGCAGAAGCUAAAGUAUACAUUAGAACAUAUGCACAAUCAGUAUGGCAGAUAUAUUGGGAUGACCAUGGAACUGAUAGACAUUUGUAUAAUAUACAAAAAACAGUUGAUGGUGUGAGAAAGGAGAAUAGGAAUCGAAGAGGAGGAAAUAUCAUUACACGUCUUAGAAUUUGGCAUACUGGACUUAAUAGUACAUUAUAUAGAAUUGGUAAGCACCCAACUGGGGAAAGUAUACACUGUAAUCAACAAGAAACAGUUAAACAUGUAUUACUUCAAUGUGGAAAAUAUAACAUUGAAAGAUAUCGCCUUAUUCAGUCAAUGAAGAAAGUGAAACACCAUGACUUUUCUUUGUCAGGUUUAUUGGGGAAAUCAGCUAAUAAGAUAUAUGAUGACAUUGUUAAGUUUAUAAGAGAAUGUGAAUUAAGUAAGAGAAUAUAGAUUAAGAGGAAAAGAAAAAGGAAGAAAAAGAAUAUAUGUGUAUGGAUAUGUAUAUAUUAAUGUAUAUACGAGGAAGGGUUUUUUUCUUGGCCCCUUCCCCUCUCUCCCCCUUCGUAGAUAAUGCAUAAAUCUUGAUCCACACUCCAGUCCAGUCGGUGGCGGUAAUGCACCUAUAA